GUCUUUUACAAUCGAUUAGAAUUACUAUCAUAAUAGAAUUGCAGUUAUAUAAGGAGUUACUACAGAGAGAGAGAAUCUCCUAUAUAAAGGGGUAGUGUACUCAGUAGUACGGCCUACAGUACUGAGUCUACGCCUACAAUCCCCAUAUUUCUAACAAAGUCCCAGGUAAAUGUAUGCACCAACGUCGAAUUAAGCUCAUUGCUAGUGGCGGGCUAGGGCGUCACUGUGGAGAACUUGGCGUUCACGAAUCUGACCAGGAUAAAAACGCCAUCAACAGUCAAUCAACAACGGCAAUCCCAUGAAUGCUUAUCUUCGACGUGGAAAAUCGACUCUUACCGACCGUAUGUCAGCCACAUGAGCUUGGAUGAGCUAGCAGGUAAGUGGAAGUGAGUUUUCGUAGCACUUGAAAUCUUUCAAAGCUACAUUCUCAAACGCGACUCCAACGCGUCUUAUUUCCUAUCUCAUUGAAGCUUCACAACAACCCCAUCUCUUUUCCCUCACGCGUCAAAUGUAAUCAUGUCUUUUCCAAAGAAACUAUUGAUUCUCAAUGCAUUUGCAAUGCAAGCACCGGGGCAUCUCAAUCCAGGUCUCUGGAAAUACCCCGCCGACACCAGCACCAAGUACGCCAGCAUCAAACAUUGGAUCUCCUUCGCACAGAAGCUCGAGAAGGCCAAAUUCCACGCCAUAUUCUUUGCGGACGUUCUGGGGGGUUACGAUGUUUACAACGGCCCUGCGAACUUGGACGCCACAAUUCCUGCAGCUGCCCAAUUCCCCAUCAAUGAUCCUCUUUACAGUAUCCCAGCAAUGGCUGCCGCGACAGAGAGCAUUGGAUUCGGUGUCACGGCAUCAACAACUUACGAGAAUCCAUAUAUGUUGGCCAGAAAGUUCUCAACAGUGGACCAUCUCAGUGAAGGUAGAGUGGCGUGGAACAUUGUCACGUCCUACCUUGAUUCUGCCGCAAGGAACUUCGGUCUGGAUACCCAGGUUGAGCAUGACGAGCGAUAUCGUAUCGCCAAUGAAUACAUGGAGGUGGCAUACAAGUUAUGGGAGGGUUCUUGGAGGGACGACGCAGUGAGCGCUGCGCCCAAGGGAUCAUAUGCAGAUCCGAAAGCUGUGCGGCAGAUAAACCACAAGGGGAAACACUUCGAUAUCCCCGGGCCACAUAUCUGCGAACCUUCGAAGCAAAGAACUCCGUUUCUUUUUCAAGCGGGGACUUCAAGUGCUGGUCGCAAAUUUGCAGCUACGCAUGCUGAGGCGAUUUUCCUGAAUGGACAUACUGCCGAGUUAGUCAGACCCUCGGUUGACUCGAUACGUACACAGGCGAAAGAGUUUGGUCGGGAUCCUACGAGUAUAAAGAUUGUUGCUGGCUUGCUAGUGAUUGUUGCUGAGACAGAUGAGAAAGCGCAUGAGAAAUUCGAGGAGUUGGCUAGCUAUGGGGAUAGAGAAGGAGCAUUGGCAUUGUUUGGUGGCUGGUCUGGAUAUGAUCUAGGAAAGUAUGGAGAUGACGAGGACUUUCGAUUCCUUGAUACCGCUCCACCUGCUGUGAGAAGUAUGGUCAAUCACUGGGCGAAAUCGUCUCCCGAAGGUACCAAGUGGAACAAGAAGACCAUUGCGGAGCAUCUUAUCAUUGGAGGAAAUGGAGCAAAGAUUGUCGGGAGCCCCAAAACCGUUGCGGAUGAAUUGGAGAGAUGGGCUGAUGUCGCUGAUGUUGAUGGGUUCAACUUGAGUUAUGCAGCUGUGCCUGAGACAUUUGAUGAUAUCAUUGAACAUCUGUUGCCGGAAUUGAGAAGGAGAGGAAUCUUCUGGAAUGAUUAUGCUGUCCCUGGUGGGACACUGAGAGAGAACUAUCUCGGUGCUGCGGGGCAUUCAAGAUUAUCUGAGACACAUCCAGGUGCUAAGUUCUUCUGGAAAGCUGGAGAGGAUGUGCCUGCAUAUGGCAAAGAAGAGACGAACGGUGUAAAACAGGCAAAUGGAUUCAAGGGGACAAUAGAUAGCCCUGCCAAGAGACGGCGUGUUACAUAAACUUAAACGAAAUCCUCUGUUGGAUCGUUCCGCACGCUAAGAAUGGAAAGGGUAUUUGAC